UGUCGCCAGCCCCCAACAAGAACCACCCACUAGCGCUGGUCACUCCGGUGCGCAGCGCAACAACUCCGCUCUUGGGAAAUCCUCGCGCACUUUACACAGUGAUUUUUCUCCCCUUUUUUUUUGUGUGUGCGCGCGCGUGUAUGUGUGCGUGUAAACACAGACAUUCUUUAUUUUUGCGUGUGUUUUGUGAUUACGCGCGAGGUGGGUACGGCAAUGUGGACGCGAUUAACGUCAGCGAUCUCCGCGUGUGUUUUUUUUACGCGUCGAUGUCUGGGGCACUCUAAGAGCACUGGUGCCAACGCUAAGAGUGCUUGUGCUCACGGUAGGAGUACUGGUGCCCACGCUAAGAGUGCUGGUGUCCACGCUAAGAGUGCUGGUGCCCACGCUAAGAGUGCUGGUGCCCACGCUAAGAGUGCUGGUGCCCACGCUAAGAGUGCUGGUGCCCACGCUAAGAGUGCUUGUGCUCACGUACUUGCUGAUUAGACUUUUUCAAUAUUGUCUCUGAGGCGACAGAUAAUAAUAAUAAUAAUAAUAAUAAUAAUAAUAAUAAUAAUAAUAAUAAUAAUAAUAAUAAUAAUAAUAAUAAUAAUAAUAAUAAUAAUGGCAAAAUUUUCGAGAACAGUGGAAGAGAAUCACUGUUUAUAAGACAUUAUGAAUGCUGUAUAGUCAAGAAUUUCCUGUCAACUGGUCACCUCCAGGAUGACGUCGGUGCUGUGACUGUAACCUAAGCUGGAAAUACCACUGCACCGGCGCCAGGAACAUUUCUGUACCGGCGCCAUUAAUACCUGUAUACCGGCGCCAUUAAUACCUGUAUACCGGCGCCAGUAACAUUCUUGCACCCGCGCCAUUAAUACCUGUGUCCCAGCGCUGCUGACACCUGUUAGUAGCAGCAUCAUUAGCACCUCUUUACUACCGCUGGAAACGCUUCUUUAAACCGGUGGUGCCUUGAAACACAUUUGUUCAAGCACUAAUUAUUAACCCUUCUGCACCGCUAGUGGGAACACCUUUGUACCGGCACAUCUUUUUUUACACCUCCGCACCAGUGCUUCUAGUACCUCUGUACAGGAGCUGGGAACACCUCUUGAUUCUGACGUGGCACUCACUGAAAAAUUUCUUCUUGACAACAGCGUCGAGGGAAAAAAAAACCCAGAAACAAUGAGAGUGUUAUAAUAUCUGACGGAUACACUAAACACAGCCUUGGAAAUACUAGCUGGCGAUUGUGCACCUGAAUGAGGAAAACUUUGGCAGAGUUAUGCCGAAAAACUGAUGAAAAUCGAGCAUUAUAUCGAGAGACAAGACGCCAUGGUGUCGCUGAGCGCAGGAGAGUGUUCCCUGGGAGGCUUCGGUCUACCCACAGUGGGCGUCACCACCUCCUCCCCCACCCACGCCCACCUCGACUACAACGACAACCUGACACCCAUGUCCGCCCACAUGGGCGAGGGGGUCGCCGCCCCAUACGCCACCCACGGUGGCCUGAUGGGUGUCACCUACCACCAGAGCGCACUUGGAGGGCAACUUGAGUGCUCCCUACGUUCCCUCCAUGGAGGAGGACAUGGAGGGGCCCUCAUGUAUGGUGGGGUGCACGCCCCUCCUCUCCUGCCCCACCACCAGCCCUACCCAGGUGGGGGCGGCCGCUGGGAGGGUGGGGGCCCUCCCAGAGGGGCCGGAGGGGACAAGGCUCGUAGGGAACAACGUAUCAGAAGACCCAUGAACGCCUUCAUGGUCUGGGCUAAAGUGGAACGUAAGAAACUGGCCGAUGAGAACCCUGACUUACACAAUGCUGACCUCUCCAAAAUGUUGGGUGAGUAUGUUGUGUAUGUUGAGUAUAUUGGUGUGUUGGGUGAGUAUGUUGCGUAUGUUGAGUAUAUUGGUGUGAUGGGUGAGUAUGUUGGUGUGGUGGAGAAGUGUUGGGAUGAGAAACCUGACUUACAAUAUGCUGACCUUUCCAAGAUGUUGGGCAAAGGCAUGAAAGUCUUGAUCUUCAAGGGUACUUGCAGUGCAUGUGGAGGUGGUGGGUCAGGAGUGGCCAGGGUUGCUGGUGGGUCAGGAGUGGCCAGGGUUGCUGGUGGGUCACGAGUGACCUGGGUUGCUGGUGGGUCAGGAGUGGCCUGGGUUGCUGGUGGGUCAGGAGUGGCCUGGAUUGCUGGUGGGUCAGGAGUGACCUGGGUUGCUGGUGGGUCAGGAGUGGCCUGGGUUGCUGGUGGGUCAGGAGUGGCCUGGAUUGCUGGUGGGUCAGGAGUGACCUGGGUUGCUGGUGGGUCAGGAGUGGCCUGGAUUGCUGGUGGGUCAGGAGUGGCCUGGGUUGCUGUGGGUCAGAAGUGA